AUGAGCAAGCCAAAAGUUCUUGUUACACGCAUUGAUGUACCUGAAGACAGCAUUAAAAAACUGAAAGAGCAUUGCGAUGUGGAAGUAUACGAAGAAGAUAAACCUAUACCUAAAGAAGAACUUAUCAAGCGCCUUCCAGGGAAAGCCGGACUCUAUUGUCUUUUAACAGAUCCAAUUGAUAAGACAGUAAUCGAUGCCGCAGGACCAACUCUAAAAGUCAUCGCUACUAUGUCCGUUGGCUACGAGCAUAUCGAUUUAAACCAUUGUAAAUCUAAAAAUAUAAAAGUGAGCAAUACUCCUGAUGUUUCGUCGGACUCCGUGGCAGAAUGGACAGUCACGUUGAUGCUUUGUGCCGGGCGCAACUUCAUGGAGGCGGCUACGGCUAUAAAAAAAGGAAAAUGGAUUUACCAGUGGAGUCCGAUGUGGUUGUGUGGGGCAGGUCUGGCGGAUGCAACCAUUGGAAUUGUGGGAAUGGGAAGAAUAGGGCAAAGUGUCAUGAAGAGGGUUUUGCCUUUCCAAGUGAAAGAAGUCUUGUAUUUCGACAUAUAUCAUCCCAUAAAACCUGCCGAAGAAUUGGGAGCGAAGUUUGUGGAGUUUGAGGACUUAAUCAAGAAAUCAGACUACAUUGUGUCUAUGUGCAAUCUGUCGGACGAAACCAAGAACCUGUUCUGCAAAAAAGUUUUUGAAUUAAUGAAGCCCACAGCAGUAUUCAUCAAUACUAGCAGGGGUGGUGUGGUGAACCAAAAAGAUCUGUACGAAGCAUUGAAGAAGAAAACAUUCCGUGCAGCUGCGUUAGAUGUGACGAUUCCCGAACCUCUUCCUAAAGAUCACGAGUUGCUCACACUUCCGAAUCUAAUUGUUACUCCUCACGUAGCCAGUGCAGAAACGAACGUCCGCAUCAAAAUGGCAGAUUUAGCGGCAGAAAAUAUUUUACUUGGGGUGGAAGGCAAAGAUUUGAAGACACCAGUUCCCAUGCCCAAAUGA